CGCGCCGCGCCUGGCCGAGCCGAGCCGCGGCGGCCGCUGCGGGGCUGAGAGAAGAUGGCGGCGCCGGGCGAGUACUUCAGCGUGGGCAGCCAGGUGUCGUGCCGCACCUGCCAGGAGCAGCGCCUGCAGGGCGAGGUGGUCGCCUUCGAUUAUCCCAGCAAGAUGCUGGCGCUCAAAUGCCCCUCUUCCAGUGGAAAGCCUAAUCACGCAGAUAUCCUGCUUGUAAACUUACAGUAUGUUUCAGAAGUGGAAAUAAUUAAUGACCGCACGGAAACGCCUCCUCCUUUAGCUUCACUCAAUGUUAGCAAGCUUGCCAACAAAGCGCGGACGGAGAAGGAAGAGAAGAUGAGCCAGGCGUAUGCAAUUAGCGCUGGUGUCUCUCUGGAGGGACAGCAGCUCUUCCAGACUAUACAUAAGACCAUUAAAGACUGUAAAUGGCAGGAGAAGAACAUAGUUGUGAUGGAAGAAGUCGUUAUCGCCCCUCCCUAUCAAGUGGAAAACUGUAAAGGCAAAGAGGGAAGUGCCCUGAGUCACGUACGCAAAAUAGUGGAGAAACAUUUUCGAGACGUGGAAAGCCAGAAGGUAAUGCAGCGUUCACAAGCACAGCAGACACAGAAGGAGACCUCCCUCUCGUCCUGAGGCCCACCUCCCGGCGCCGGGACCCCCCCACCGCCCCGCCACGACUCGCCGGAGGCGGGAGGGCGGCGGCAGCGGGGGUUCAACUUUUAUUUCCUUUUUUUUUUUUUUUCCUCCUCUCUCUCCUCGAGCUCGUUAAUGGGGAGCUCGACCGAUUCCAAACCUUAGACUUUAAAACAAACGAGAAAAGAGAAUAAUUUAAAAGCUCACGCAUUACUUGACUAACAGACUUUCUUUUGUCCGCCAUGUUUUCUUUCCUACCGGCCAGUCAGACUUUGUUAGUUUUAUUUUUUUGACGUUUCUUUCCUUUUUGCCUCCCCCUUCCCCUGCUGCCAACCCCCCCCUUUACUUUUCUAAAGGGGGUCUGUCACCCCCUCUCUGCCUGUCCCGAAGGAACAUCUCCCCCACCCCCCCACCCAUCUCCCUCCCCCAAAAACACCCCCCAACCCCCCAAAAAUAAAAGUAACGAGCUGACUGCGGUGGCCGAACCGGGACCCUUGUGACCAGCGCGGUCUCGUUUUAAUUUUGUUUGCACAGGGCAAGGCUUGAAUUAGUCUUAUUUUUCUUAUCUUUAAAUAUAUAUAUGAAUAUAUAUUAAAAUGUUCUUUAAAUAUUUUUCUGCUUCCAGCAGUUCUCUCGAUCAGGAUCGUGGCAAAAAACACCCCCCUUCCUGCACCACCCCCCUCCCACCCCACCACCCCCCACCGGGGCCUCGGGUUGGGUUCCCCGCCUCCCCUUUUCUUUUUUUGUUAUUUUUUUGCCCCUUUUUUGCUUUUUUUUUAAAAAAAGUUUUUAUUUUCCUUUUUUUUUUUUUGCCACGAUCCUCCCCCCCCUUUUUUUUUUUUUUAAGAAAUGGAUCAAAAUCAAACAAUUCAAGCCCUGCCUUUAGAAGAGUUAAAAAUUUAAAAAAGAAAAAAAAGAAAAAAAAAAAGGAAAAAUUUUUUAGUAUUGUUUAGCAAAAACAAUAAAACCCGAAAUUUUUUUAACCAUCA